AUGGUAUCUCUGGAAGUUGUUCAGACAACCUCUAGAUCCAUCGAGCCAACUUCGAGUCCCAGAAUUUCUUUCUCUGCCGAUUUCCUAGACGAAAAUGACUUCAUCACUAUUAGCCCAAAUCCUCAUGGUGAACAUCAAGACAAGAAAAAGGAGUGUGAUCAGAAGGCAAGAAAUGCAGAUUUUGAGUUUCUCUCAAACAAUGAAAGUAGCCAUGCCAUGUUAUCAGCAGAUGAGCUUUUCUUUGAAGGAAAACUACUUCCCUUUUGGCAAAAAAAGCAUGCCGAAAGGCUCGACAAGAUUCGUCUCAAGACGAAAGACGAUGAGAUAUGCGAGGAAGAGGUAGUGAACAAGGAGGAGAGCAGAGGAAACUGGUUUGUUGAUGAUGACCCUUCUCCAAGGCCACCUAAGUGUACUGUUUUAUGGAAAGAGUUACUCAGGUUGAAGAAGCAACGUGCUUCAACUCUGUCACCCUCUUCUUCAUCCUCAUCUUCAUCUUCUUCAAACUCUUUUGCUGAUGUAGCCGCAGCAGAUCAAGAGAAGGAGAUGGGAAACAAAGAGAAGUACAUGAAGAGGAUAAAGAAAGGCCUAGAGAGAACAAGAUCAGCCAGAAUAAGAAUAAGACCAAUGGUUAAUGUGCCGAUUUGCACACAGAUGAAGAACAGUGCCUUACCACCUUUGUUUCCACUCAGAAAAGGAAGACUAGAUAGGUGAGGAUGAAGAAGGAGAGAGGUAUUAGAAUUCGAGCUGAUCUGCAGGAUUUUGUUCAUGUUCAUUGUUAAUUUUCUCAUUUCUUCUACUUAUUUAAAGUUUCUGUAUCAUGUUUAGAGUGCUGUU